AUGAAUUUAUUGUUUCUGGCACUCAGUAUCCAUAAAGAGAGUGAAAAUUCAUGCAUCUCAACUUCUCAUAAUGUAUUUAGCCACACAAUAAAAGGAAAUGAUAAUAUAUGCGAUAUUGACUUUUGCCAAUUUUUUAAUUUGCACCAAAAUGGUAAUGGCGGUGCAAUUUCACUAGAAAAAUCAAUAAAAAGCAUCAAAAUACAAAAUUCAUUAUUUACAAACUGUACAUCAACAGGAAAGGCAGGUGCAGUUUUUAUUAUUUUGGAGAAGACAAUUGUAAACAAAAAUUGUUUUGCAUCAUGCUGUUGUGGAACAGGAAAUGGAUGUGAUGGUUCCACAUUCUAUUCAGAAGCUUCAAAUUGGACUUUCCAUACUCAAAAUUCUUACGAUAAAUGUCCAGCACAUCAUAUUAACUGCUGGUAUGGUAUUUGCAUAUUCUGGAAAGGCGAUAUUACUAGUGAAGACGUCAAUGUUUCAAAUAGUCACGUUUCUUUUGUUUCAGGAUUAGCUCAUGGAGCACCAGUUACAUCUAAAAUACACAGAUACUGUUCUUAUAAUGGAAAAGAAGGCAACUCUCUGACAUUUAUUAAUAAUAUGGAUUUAAUUGGUGAUCACAAGUAUGGAAUCAUAGUUAAAAACGUUGCUUCUACAGGUUUGAUUUAUGUUCAAUCUAGUAUUGCAUUGCUUUCCAAUUUUAUUUUCAAAGAUAAUCAAGGUCCUUGGACUUAUAUGUGCGUUGCUGGAUAUGCAACAUUUCAGGACUGUAGAUUUGAUAAAUCAGAUGGAAAUAAAGGAAAUGCAUGGAAAACUAAUAUUAAUUGCAAUUUUAAUGAUAAUCAAAUUGUUUACAGCUUUGAUAAUGAUGUUUUAUGCCAGAUAGACCACUCUCAAGAAAACAAGGUCAAAAAGCAUAUUAAUCUAGUAUAUUAUCCUCUGAUAUUAGUUGUAUUAUUCUUGAUUUUCAAGUAUUGCAAUCCAAUUGCAUUUUUCAGAAGAAAAAUUGGAGAUAAAUCGAAGCCAAAUUAUUUUAUCAAGCAUGAUCUUGAUUAUUUCAAAGAUGUUGAAAUGGAGAAAUAA